UGCGCCUCUGCUCCGGCUGGACCGCCGCGGAGGAGGCUCCUAGCGUCCGGCGCUGGGGGGCUGGCUCGCGAGGCAGCGGUGGCUGCUGCGGAUGGGAUCGGGCCGGUUCGGCGCGCCCAUGGAGCGCCACGGCAGGGCCGCCGCCUCCGCGUCCGCGCCCGCCUCGUCGGCCCAGGAGCCGGCGCCCGGCGGCCCCGAAGGGCGGCGGCGGGAGUCGCUGCAGCGCCCGGCGAGCAGCGCGUCGGCGCCUGCGGUCGGGGGCUCGGCCCCCGCGGCGGCCGAGGGCGGGAGGCGGGACGCGCCCGGGGCCGGCGGCGGCGGCGGCGCCACCUCGCUCACCCGCCAGCGCGUCGAAGGCCUCCGGAAGAAGCGGCCGCAUUUCGGGCUCACUGGAAAGGGUUAAACUGCCCCCAAGACCCCCGGGUUGCUGCGGCGUUUUCAAACCGGCUUCCAGGCUUGUGUGCAUCCGAGCGUUUAGUGGCCGUUCUCGCCGCCAGAUUCGGGCCUCGCGCACCCGGGCUCUUACUGACUUGCUUCGCCGUGCUGACCCGCCCGGGACGGUCGGCGUGCCGGGUUGGCAGGUUUUUCCGUGGUUUGGCUUGGAUAUUGGCGGGACCCUGGUCAAGCUGGUUUAUUUUGAACCGAAGGACAUCACAACUGAAGAAGAGGAGGAAGAAGUGGAAAGUCUUAAAAGCAUUCGGAAGUACUUGACCUCCCACGUGGCCUAUGGGUCCACGGGCAUCCGGGACGUGCACCUGGAGCUGAAGGACCUGACUCUGUGUGGACGCAAAGGCAAUCUGCACUUUAUACGCUUUCCCACUCAUGACAUGCCUGCUUUUAUUCAGAUGGGCAGAGAUAAAAACUUCUCGAGUCUCCACACUGUCUUUUGUGCCACUGGAGGUGGAGCGUACAAAUUUGAGCAGGAUUUCCUCACAAUAGGUGAUCUUCAGCUUCGUAAACUUGAUGAAUUAGAUUGCUUAAUAAAAGGAAUUUUGUACAUUGACUCAGUUGGAUUCAAUGGACGGUCACAGUGCUACUACUUUGAAAACCCUGCUGAUUCUGAGAAGUGUCAGAAGUUACCGUUUGAUUUGAAAAACCCGUAUCCUCUGCUUCUGGUGAACAUCGGCUCUGGGGUUAGCAUCUUGGCAGUCUAUUCCAAAGACAAUUACAAGCGCGUCACGGGUACCAGUCUUGGAGGAGGGACGUUUUUUGGUCUCUGCUGUCUUCUUACUGGCUGUACCACUUUUGAAGAGGCUCUUGAAAUGGCGGCUCGUGGAGAUAGCACCAAAGUGGAUAAGCUAGUGCGAGACAUUUAUGGAGGGGACUACGAAAGGUUCGGACUCCCGGGCUGGGCUGUGGCUUCAAGCUUUGGAAACAUGAUGAGCAAAGAGAAGCGGGAGGCGGUCAGCAAAGAGGACCUGGCCAGAGCUACUCUGAUCACCAUCACCAACAACAUUGGCUCCAUAGCCAGAAUGUGUGCCCUUAACGAAAACAUUAACCAGGUGGUAUUUGUUGGAAAUUUCUUGAGAAUCAAUACGAUCGCCAUGCGACUUUUGGCAUACGCUUUGGAUUACUGGUCCAAGGGCCAGUUGAAAGCACUUUUUUCGGAACAUGAGGGUUAUUUUGGAGCUGUUGGAGCACUUCUUGAACUGCUGAAGAUGCCCUGAGCAUUACUGGGCAGGCCUCCUGGAACCUUCCACACUGGGAUCUGUGGACUUCUUCUUUUUUUUUUUUUAAUUUUUUUUAAGAGACUUUUCACUUUUUUGAUUGUGAGCUACCCGAAUCAAAGCAAGAAAGGACAAGUGUAUUUUUCUAAGUCAUCAAGAUAAAUUCUUUUAAAAAAAAUUCAGUCUAAAGUAGUAAUCCAGCAAGGGAAGAUAAGGAAAAAGAACAAAACAAAAACCCCAGUGGCCCCGCCAUGGCAGUGGGGAUUUGCCCUGUGUGGGUCGCCCCUGAGUGUGGCCUUCUUAAAGCUGCUGCUUCCUGAAAUUCGGCAUCCCUCACCCUUCAGGGGAGCUGUUCUGUGUUGGCUGAUGGUUUUGUGUCGCGUUUGAACUUGCUCUGUGUAAAGCAAGCCGCUCUGUGUUCUAAUCUAACUCGCGAUGUUGUCAGUGUGGCCUUGGAGAGCCUCUGUGCACUCACGCUGCUGUGUGUAGUCUUGCUAUACCAUGGAAACUGGUUUUAUUUCAAGGUUCUGCAGACGUCACCAGGCAGGCUAAGUUUCUGCCAUUGAACUCCGGCGAGGAACUGGCAGGCGGGUGGUCAACUCUGGAUGCCUUUGCCCAGUAAAUGUGGGGAGGGAGAGGUCUGAGAAAUGCAGCUGCCUCCAGGGGGCAGGAUCUGAGGGAAGUGAGUCCAGUUUGUUCGUCAAGAAAACCAGCAGAGGGGCUGGUUGAUGGCACAGUGGGUAGGGCAUUUACCUUACACGUGGCCGACCCGGGUUCAAUUCCCAGCAUCCCAUAUGGUCCCCAAGCACUGCCAGGAGUAAUUCCUGUGCAUCGCCGGUGUGACCCAAAAGGCAAAAAAAAAAAAAAAAAAAGCCAGCCGACUAAGCCAGACGGCACAUGGCCUGGAGUCCAUAUCUUUACAGGAAAGAUCUGGAUAUUAAUUCAGAUCCGGAUGGCGGGGAUGGAAGACUUGGAUCGCCCGCUGACUAGGCCUUGGGAGCUAAGGGUUCCUUCUCGAUCUGGUUUCCGGCCACCUGCUGGGCUGGCUCUGGGCGAGUUGCCAUCAGGCUCAGAAGGUGGCUUGAGAGAGGUUUUGAUAGUGAUUGACAGUUAAGACUAAAAAUAUUGUGGGGGCCCCUCAAGGCUGUGACCUGGCCUGGUGGUGCUGGGAGGGGGCAUCGGGGUCACACCCUGAAGUGCUGGAGAGGGGCGCCGUGCAGUGGGACCCAGACCUACGCUCCGCUGCCUGAGCGCCGUCCCAGGCUCUGGCUUGGAACAUUCUGUUUCUGCUAUGCAGAUAAUUUAGAAAGCCCUGAGGAUGGAGCAAACUUUGUAUCUAUUUUGUAUGUUUGGUUUCUGCACCUGUUGAAGGCAAUAAAGGGCCUGCAUAACUCAGCGUUUGAACGGAAAGGAACCCCGGUGGGCCCGCGGUGGAGUGGAGCUGGGCGACCAGGCAGGAAGGUGGGCUGCACCAGGAGUCCCCCAUCCUGUGCUCGGUGCAGUCCAGCGUCUGCCCCCGGGGGGCAGCAGAGAGCCAUGCCCACUGUGGGGCGAAGCGAAGGAACAACCGCACAACCCGCUGCAGCCCUGGGUUGUGGGUGUUCCCGACCUACCCCGACUGCAGAGCUGGAGGGGGCUGGGGGCACGGGGAUGGUGACUCACUGCCACAUACCCUGACGCUGCUUCCGUCGGACGCAGAGUGGCCCCACUUUCAGCCUCACGUCCACGAAAGAUUGUGCCAACACUCCCUGGUGCCAUAGUCGUGCUUCUCAGGCCUCCCUCGUGCCAUCUCUGGGCAGAGGCCUCGGGGAAUGCAGAGCAGGGGCGCCAGCUGCUUCCUGUGGCGACCCAGCCGGAUGCCGGCUGUGCACAUGGAGCUGUGCCUGCCGUGCUCUCCUGGGUCAUGCCGGCUUCUGGCCACUGAAAAGGCGGGGCUUUCCCCAUCAGCUGCCUCCAGGUCUUCGUGCCCACCCGUUUCUGGUGGGUCGCGUCCAGUCAUCUUACUCGGUGCCGUGGCCAUGGCAUGUGGCUUGCAGUAUGGCCGAGCCCUCACUUCCAGCCUUCACUCCCAGUACUGCAGAGCUCUGCCUCUGCCUCUGCCUCUGCCUCCCCAGCCCUGGGCUCUGCCGCCGAUUCCUCUCCAGCGACUGUCAGACCUCGCCAGCUCCCAGGCUCUGCCCGAAUUCCCCCUCCGCUGCUCUCGCUUGGGAUUGAUUUCCAGUGCAGCACGCCGGGCCCAGCUCUUGCCUCAGCUCCAGCCCCAAGGCAGCAUCUGCCUUCCCUUCUCCACCUGUGCGGGGAGCGUGUGGUCCAAACUGUCCGCUUCCUGGCCUGAGGAUCUCCUGCCACUUUGAAGCUUCCCGCCACUCACCCAGCUUGGGCACUGCUUUGCUGACUCUGCAGUCACCGCUAAGCCCUGUCCGUGUCAGGCAGUGGGGCGGGGGGUGGUGACCUCCCUAACAUGGUCAGUGGCGAGGUGAGGCGUGGUAGGCGGGCGUGGUCCUGUGAAGUCUGGGCUUGUUGGGGAGGUGGCAUUUUGGAUGCUCUAUGUGCCCUGUGGCAGGUAUGCGGGUUCUAGGUGAAAGGUCACAGGUGGUGUGCAUGUAGCUGAGUGAGGGUGGUGCAGCCAGCGCCAGGGCAGAGGGGGAGGUGGGCAGGCAAGGAAUCAUCGGCUGGGAAACCGUUGAGAGGGACAAAAGGGAGUGGCGAGGGCUUUGCAGGUCCUCGUGUCAGAGUUGGUUUAAGUGGCCCAGGCGGCUGCGUGAGCACGGGUGUGUGUGGGGGAGAAGCCGCUUCCCCAAGCCCACGGGCUGCAAAGGGGCGUGGCGGGGGUGGUGAGGAAAGUGGCUGUGGGCCGACUGGGGACCAUGGUGCUUUCUCACGGCUGGAAAGCUGGUGUUUCCAGGCCUGGGAAUGGUCAGAGGGUUAGGGCUCCUGUCCCCUCGUCCCCUCUGAACACCAGGCCAGGAUGGUGGUGGACACCCUGCUCGCCAUUUGCACUCUUACCACAGCAGGGACAGCUUGCCGCGCCUCCAUCAACCCCCUCAGACCAGCCCUGCCUGACCAAGGCCACACCUUGAUGGCCAACAUCUGCAGGGGUCGGGGGCCCACCGGCCCCUAAACUGGAGGGUCCAUGUGCCACACGAAGUUUUCAAAAUCUGCCUUUUAUUUACAGUUGUUUAAGUCAAUUACAUGCAUGUUUUGUUCUUAAAACGAGUAAUUAGCCAAAAAUGCAUUACAAUUUUAAAAUAGCAAUUAAAUAUACAAAAAUAUAGCUUACAAAACUGCGAAUGUUUAAAAAUAUUCUGCUGCAGAAUUCUUAGUGUACAAACACGUCUAUGAAACCCGAGGCAGGCUCAGCGUCUCAUAAACCUUUUGAGGGAAAUUACACAAUAGUACUCGUGACUAGGCCGCAGUGGGCUAAAAACACCAAGAUUAAACUACCCUUCCUGGCAAUGAUGUCCUGAUACGGGGGGACCCGCAGCCCUCGGCGCCCGUGUCGGGCCUGUGGCCGCGGAGGUGAGCACUGGCGUCGGUCGAAACUGAAAUGUACUGCAAUGUACUGCACAAGCACCCCCUCCCGCUUUGUUCAGUGCCCGAAUGGAAGCACACACGGGUGCACUCAGUCAUCUGUUCUAUAGGAGAACCAGUUUUCCAGUGACCAGCCCCUCUGAACUCCCUUACAGCUCACGUGAAAGACCAACUCAGGGUCAGCAACUCAUCAUCUGAUGGGAGGCUGAAGAUUCACACAGUUUCUUUUCCAGUCUUGGGUCAUAGAGUCAAGUUGCAUUAUUUUGUUUAGGCUUUUUGGGUCACAUCCGGUAAUGCUCAGGGCUUACUCCUAAAUUACUUAAGGAAUUACUCCUGGUUGUGCAUGGAGGGACCAUACGGGAUGCCGGGAAUUGAACCCGGGCUGGCUGCCUGCAAGGCAAACACACUCUCCACUAGCCUAUCACUGGCCCACCUCUCGUUGCAUUUUUAUCCGGGAGAGUUCUUGGGCUGCUCUGGGCGCUGGAUGUUAGGGAGGUGGGUGAGGAUAAGGUAAAAGUCUACAUCCUCCUCCCAGGCUGUCUGGUGGAUGCAGAUUAAAUUUGACUCUUCUGCAGGGGUGGGAAAAAAAAAAACACCUGAAAAGGUUGGGGUAAUGGCUAAGAAUGUCCAGUGAGGAGAGACUUCUGUGGGAAGCAUGUGCUCAGCAUGAAGAGAUUCAGGAACUUGGGCGUUCAGGUGUAGUUACGGUUAGUUCUGAGAUGGCACCUGAGGUCUCUUCCCACUCCUUGCACAUGCACGCACAGGCACGAGCACAAAAACACCUGGAAACCAUGCGCCCGCCUCAAGCACCUGGGAGGCCACGACAGCUGGAGAUGGCACCGCUGUGCUUGGGUCAAGAGAGCGGGAGGGACUGACCAGACUCCAGCCAAAGUCUGCCCUUAAAUGACCCCAGUCGGGGAGGGGCUGCAGCUGCUAACUUGUAUUAGAAGAAGCCAAAACAACUCAAGAAUUCCAGUAUGCUGCAAUCACCAAAAUGUAUUCAGAAGGAAUGUGAAGCCGGGGCGGGAGAUGGCACAGCGGGUAGGGUCCUCGCACGCGGCCAGCCGCCAGCACCCCACCUGGUUCCCCAAGCCUGCCAGGAGUGAGCUCUGAGCUCAGUGCCAGUGCCAGGAGAAAAUCCUGAGCACAGCCGACGUGCACCCCCCCCCCC